UACGCAUGACACUGCGCUACUUUUAGUCGGUAUCGAUAUAUUGUAGAGAACAGUGUACAUUAUAGUAAUGAUACUAGAACCGUACUAGCCACUACGAGUAACAAGAUUUCAACAGUAUUUUAAAUACGGAAAUAUAAAAAAAAAUAAGUAACGAUUAACCAAUGACUCUAACAAAGCUGGAAAUGAUACGCGCGACGAUUCUAAUCGUUAUUUUUACUGCAGUCAAGGGUGAUGAUUGUGUAUUACGUUCGUUCGGACCGGGUCGUACAGUAUGUGUCUGUAACUCGACGUAUUGUGAUACACCAAGCAACCCGAAAUAUCAGGAAAACCAGUUUCUUUGGUACAUAUCCACCCAGAAUGGCACAAGAAUGGAUUAUUCCAGCCACAAUUUUUCCACUGAAGAGUCUGAAAAUUCUCUGGUUCUCACAGUGGACAGCAAUAAGAAAUAUCAAAUAAUUCAAGGAUUUGGUGGAGCGAUGACCGAUGCCGCCGCUCUCAACAUUCGAAGCCUGAGCAAUGAAACUCAACGCAACCUGCUCGAAUCGUAUUUCGGCUCUACCGGUAUUGGAUACACAUUUACUCGUAUACCUAUCGCAGGCACUGAUUUCUCGACGAGACCAUAUACAUACGAUGACGUACCUGAUGAUAUUACAUUAAGUCACUUCAGCCUCGUGGAAGAAGAUGACUAUAAAAUCCAAUAUCUACAUGAUAUCAAAAACUUGAUGCCUAAUUCGAGUAAUUACAGAAUAUUUACGACUGCUUGGAGCGCUCCAGCGUGGAUGAAAUCAUCAAAAAAUAUAAAAUGGGGUGAGAUAUGGAGUUUCUUGAAAAGAGAAUAUUAUCAGCUUUACGCUGAUUACAUCAAAAAGUUCUUUGAUGCGUACAAAAAACGUGAUAUUGAUAUAUGGGGCAUGACACCAGGCAACGAACCAUUAGAUGGAUUUCUUCCAUUCUUCACUUUCAAUGCUAUGGGUUGGACACCCAAAGCGGCGGCGACUUGGACUGUAGAUUAUUUAGCUCCAACUUUGUCUAAUGCCAAUUAUUAUCCUGUAUAUAUGGCUCUGGACGAUCAACGCUUUGAAUUACCAUGGUAUGUUGACAAGAUGUUCCGUAAUAAAAACGCUAAGGAACUAUUUGACGGUAUUGCAGUUCAUUGGUACGCAGAUAGAUUGUUUACUCCAGAGAGAUUGAUCGAAACGCAUAAUAAAUAUCCGGAUAAAUUUAUGUUGAUGACUGAAGCGUGCGUUGGUAGCAGUCCUUUUGAAGAAAAGGUAGUAUUAGGAUCAUGGGAACGAGGAGAACGUUAUUUUUUAGAUAUAAUCCAGAACUUGUCGCAUUGGAUGUCUGGAUGGAUAGAUUGGAAUAUGGCACUGAAUGAGCAUGGUGCGCCAAAUUGGGCUGAAAAUUUUGUGGAUUCACCGAUUAUCGUAAUGCCACAAAACGACGAGUUCUACAAACAACCUAUGUUUUACGCAAUUGCACAUUUUAGCACAUUUGUACCACGCAACUCUUAUAGAAUUGACUUAAAAAUUGAAAAUGAAGAAAUCCUUGAGGAAAAUCUUCGAGACGUUGAAGCCAUAGCUUUUCUAACGCCCGAACAAAAGAUCGUUAUUGCUAUUAUUAACAAAGCUAAUUCUUCUGUGCCUAUAACAAUAAAAAACAAAAGUAAAACCAAAACAAUGAAUUUACAAUUACUACCAAGAUCUUUCAAUACAUUAUUGUAUUCGGAAAAAUGAUACAGAAACUUGGCUAAAAAAUAUACAUUUAUAAAGUUCUUUUCGCUUCUUUGUCGCUUGUAGAAAAAAUUAGAAGAAAUAGGAACAUCUAUAUUGUCCUAGGCUAUAUUGUCCUUGUAUAAACUUUUUACAAAAAAAUAAAAAUGGAUUAUUAUGUUAUACG